AUGUCGUCGACUAUCUACCAAGCGACGUGUUCGGCACCCGUCAACAUCGCUGUCAUCAAGUACUGGGGAAAGAAGGACACCACCCUCAUUCUUCCUACCAACGACAGUCUGUCAGUCACCCUGGAUCAGGACCAUCUGCGAUCCGUCACCACUGCUCGUGCCGAUGCUAGCUUCGGCUCUCAGGAUCGCUUGUGGCUGAACGGCGAAGAGGAGGCCAUCAAGGCAGACGGUCGCCUGCGCAGGUGCAUCGACGAGAUGAGAAAGCUCCGACAGGCCAAGGAGUCCAAGGACAGCAAUCUUGCCAAGCUUUCGGAAUGGGCCGUUCACGUGUGCUCAGAGAACAACUUCCCCACAGCCGCAGGACUUGCAUCAUCCGCCUCUGGUUUCGCCGCACUCAUCGCUUCGCUUGCAGCGCUUUAUGAAUUGCAACCCGAAGUGUCGAGCUCUGAGCUCUCGCGCAUUGCCCGUCAGGGCAGUGGAUCUGCUUGUCGUUCGCUCUUCGGAGGUUACGUUGCCUGGCAGGGUGGAGAGCACCCUUCUGGCCAGGACAGUCUCGCCGUCCAAGUAGCGCCCCAAUCGCACUGGCCAGACCUUCAGGCCCUGAUUUGUGUUGUCAGUGAUGCCAAAAAGGGCACCCCAUCGACUGCUGGUAUGCAACGCACCGUCCAGACCUCCCCGCUUCUGCAACACCGUAUCAAGGAGGUCGUACCGCAACGUAUGAUCAAGAUCUCCGAAGCGAUCCAGAAGCAAGACUUUAACACCUUUGCCGAAAUCACCAUGGCCGACUCGAACAACUUCCACGCAUGCUGCCUCGACACGGCACCGCCCAUCUUUUACAUGAACGACGUCAGCCGUGCCAUUGUGCAGCUCGUCGAGGAGCUUAACCGCGCCAACGAAGCCGACGGAAAGGGCAAGUUGGUGGCUUACACCUACGAUGCCGGCCCGAACGCUGUUCUCUACGCUCCCAAGGACAACAUGCCGCGCAUCCUGCAAACAAUUCGCCACUAUUUCCCCAACGCGGACUUCGACGACACCUUCGAUCUGUUGGGCAAGGGUGUCAAUGCUUCGCAUCGAGGCGCUCAGGAGGCUCGUGGUUUGCCCGAGUCGCUGCCUAGCUCGUUUCACGCCAACGUGAUUCCCGUGCACGAGGCUGGCGCUGUUCGCCGUCUGAUUCACACCCAGGUGGGUGAUGGGCCACGCGUGCUCGAGCGUGGUGUGGGCAAGGAGUCGUUGCUCAACGAGAACGGCGAACCUAUCCGUUUGCAGCGUGCUAAGCGCGCAUAG